AUGCGGUACGACAAUUGGGACGUGAUCCUCUUUCCCAAGGACUCGGCCGUGCCCAUCCAGGAGUUUCGGACGACCUUUUACUCAACACAAGACGAGCAUGGCCGCCAGCUACCCACGCUGACUUGCUUCAUUGCUUCGCUCCCAGCCGCCACUUCGUUUCGCAUUUCCAUCCACUCUUGGAUUGUACCUGCAAAACCCUCCACUCUGAUUGAAUCUCGGCGGAGAACCUCUCAGAAGGUGGUCUUUGCAACUCAGCUCAUCGUCGACGGCGACCGAGUAUUUCGCGCAUUCUAUGACGCUGCGUCCAGAUGGCCACAAGAAAUUUCAGACGAAAAGCGAAUUGCCAUCUACCCGCAACAGUCGGCCAGCCAACGUGGCCCAGUCCUCGAGUUCCCACCUUUUCGUCAAGAUGUUCUCACACAACCUUCAUGGAAUCCACGAGAACAUAGUGGCAGGAUUAAAGUGCUACUGUCAGAACAGCUGAUGGGCAAGAACAUCAAUUCAGGAGAGCCGGACCUGGGCGUUGCCAAUGACAUAGUCUGUUUCACUUUUCAACACGCUCCCCAAGAAAUCCUUGAACAGGCUGGCAUCUCUUGGCCAAUCCGCAACCCGUUGUAUCUUGCAUCGGACAUGCGAGGUUCCCAGAUCUCGCAACUCCCUGGACCACAGGUGGCCCGGCCCUUUUUGUCACAGCUCUCUCCAUCCGUGCUCAUGAGACCGCGCAACACCGAUCCCUUCACCCGGCCUAGCACAGAUCCUCCUCUUCAUCUCCCACAGCUCCCUAGACCCACGAUGGGAGGAAAAAUAAGACGAUCAGGACUCUGGGACCCGUCCUUUGGUGACUCCUCUUAUGAUGAUCUGAACGCCUCAAUGCCGGACAUGCUUUAUGCGUCGCCGAUCUUCGGGCAGACUGGAGAUCCAUGGACGAAGUCGGAGGCACCUGAGGACCUACAAGCGGGCAAGGUUGAUCUCAGAAAGCAGACACGACGGGAAAGGGGAGUCCGACAGGUGGUCGUAACAUUGCGGGAGGACCAACUGGGCCAGCUGAUCGAAGCAAUGAGUCCCCCAAAGAAAUCUUGCGAACGCACUCAUACAAGGACGCAGCCCCCAAUGGCGGACAUGGUGGCCCCGACAGCCACACGCCCUUCCGCUGUCGCCCUUGCUCGAAAGGGCUCCCAUCCCGAACUUCGGCAAAAGAAGGUGAACAAGACGUUAGUUCUCAAAGAGAAUCCACCAUCUUCACAAGCGCAAGAUGGGCCUCGUCUACUUAGUGGAUUCUCCCACGCUGGUCGCGUUCCUACACCUCACCCUUUUGUAGUACCACAGGCACAGAUCAACCGUUGGAACUCAGACAUUGCAAUGCGCGAUAUCUCUUCCAUGCACUCUAAUUUCCCACGCCCACCACGAUCGAAAGAGGACAAGACUAGCCCUGCUCCAACCAUUAUAGGCAACGGUAGCAUCACAUCUAGGAAAGAGGGUAUCGACUUGCUCGGUACUUCACCAUCUCUCAAUAUUCGUCACGAUCAAAGCAUGCUCCCGGGAGUCACUUCCACCACGAAGUCCAACGGCGCUCCUCGCGACACAUCCAACGUCACCUCGCCGCAUGCCCAUCUUGACAUCGAUGCUGUCGGUGACACGUUUGUUCCUGGACACAAGGGCGGAAUGUCCAGCAUCGACAGUACUCGUCGACUCGAACGCAAGCUUUAUUCUGCUCUGGGUGAGGAGCUUAGUUUUCAUGCCGAUGCAGAUCCAAUGCCCGGCAUAGAGAGUGAGGCAAUUGCCGGGGAAACAGAUCUAGUGGACCUUGGACUUGACGCUCCAAUCACCAAAAGGAGGAGACAAGAUACAUUAGGCGGCGAGGGGGAUCGUAGUCCAGUCAAAAAGAUGAUGAGAGAGCAGACUAACGAGGAUCAAGGUGGGGAGUCGCCUGUCUUGCCUAACCUACGUGGAGGGGACUAAGGACUUGUUUUCGCACAACCCGCUGUGGGCAUCUGUUUCUUAUUGUUCCUCAAGGCAUUUUUCAAAGAGGGCAUGUCGUCCGCGGUAGUGCAUUGCGUAUCAAGCGCUUGGGCUGCAUCUCUCGGGUGGAGAUGAGAGACAUUGGAUUACCAAAAGUACGAACUUUGAGAUAGGAUUGAGAAGCGCUAAACUACAUGUGUCUGGCUUAGACUCAUUUAGCCUUGCGCAGCAAUGAACUGCGGUCCAUCUUGCAAAGCGCCAACAGUAAUAUGCGAUCCCUUUG